AUGGCCACUCAAAUGUACUCCAUCGAGGUUGUCGGCAGCCAGGAGAUCCCCGGUGAAGGAAAACCUCGCCGCAGCAUCCUCUGCCCCGACAAGCUUGUCCAGAGCUAUCCAUCCAGCAAGGGCAACACCGAUAUCACUACCCUCUACGAGAACUUUCUGGAGGGUGUCCAGCGUUCAGAGGGAGGCGACUUUCUCGGAUACCGUCCCAUUGUCGACGAUGUCCCCCAGCCAUACGAAUGGCUUACUUACUCGCGUGUCCAGGAGAGGGUGACCCACUUUGGGGCUGGACUCACCCACCUCGGCCUGGCAACUCAGCAGAACUUUGGUAUCUUUUCCAUCAACCGACCUGAAUGGACGAUGAGUGAGUUAGCCGGCUAUAUGUACAACUUUACUUCCGUCCCUCUGUACGACACCCUGGGUGUGUCUGCUAUUGAGUUUAUCGUCAACCAGACAGAGAUGGAGACCGUGAUAGCAUCUGCCGACAAGGCCUGGAUCCUGCUCAACAUCAAGGAUACCCUGCCCACCGUCAAGAACAUUAUUGUGAUGGGCUCGCUGGAGGAACCUCUGGUCUUAGAGGGCAAGAGAUUGGACGUCAACAUUGUUGCCUGGACCGAAAUUGAGCGCAAUGGACUCGACAAGCCUGUGUCUGUCAACCCUCCCUCCCCUGACGAUGUCGCUACCAUCUGCUACACCAGUGGAACAACGGGAACGCCAAAGGGUGCCAUUUUGACCCACAAGAACUUCAUUGCGGGUAUCAGCUCGUUCCACAUGAUGGCUAAACAUCAAAAGUUUUUUAUCCCCUCCGGAGAUGACACUCAUAUCUCGUACUUGCCAUUGGCGCACGUUUUUGAGCGUCUCUGCCAGGCCGUUAUGAUCUCGGGGUCAGCCCGCAUUGGAUACUAUCAGGGAGACACUCUCAAGCUUUUGGAUGACGUUGCAAUCUUGCAGCCCACCAUCUUUGUCUCGGUCCCUCGUCUCUUUAACAGGAUUUAUGACAAGGUCUUGGCUGGUGUCAAGGCCAAGGGCGGACUUGCCGCCUACCUGUUCAACCGUGCCUACGCUGCCAAGAGGGACAACUUGAGACGUGGUAUUCUGGAGCACGCCCUCUGGGACCGCUUGGUCUUUGGUACCAUCCGCGCUCGUCUCGGAGGAAAGGUUAAGCACAUUGUCUCCGGCUCGGCUCCCAUUUCGCCUGAUGUCAUUGAUUUCCUCCGCAUCUGCUUCAGUGCAGACGUGUAUGAGGGAUAUGGCCAGACUGAGCAAGCCGCUGGAUUGAGCAUGAGCUACCGUGGCGACUUGACUCCAGGACAAGUCGGACCCCCACAGCUGUGUGUCGAGGUCAAGCUGAGGGACAUUCCUUCCAUGAACUAUACCAGCAAGGACCUGCCCUUCCCUCGCGGAGAGAUUAUGCUUCGCGGACACUCUGUCUUCAAGGGCUACUACAAGUCACCCAAACAGACAGAAGAGACUUUGGACUCCGAAGGCUGGGCUAGCACUGGAGAUGUUGGGCAAUGGGACGAGCGUGGACGCUUGGUCGUGAUUGACCGUGUCAAGAACAUCUUCAAGCUUGCUCAAGGUGAAUACAUUGCUCCUGAGAAGAUUGAGUCCGUUUUGGCCAAGCACUACUUGGUCGCUCAGUUGUUUGUCUACGGCCACUCGCUCAAGGCAACCCUGGUUGGAAUUGUUGUUCCUGACUUCGAGACCUUGCGCCUGUGGGCCAAUUCCAACGGUUUGGCUGGCAAAUCGGACCAAGAGCUUUGUGACUCUCCUGAGGUACAAAAGACUCUCUUGAAGGAGCUGUCGACCUUUGGACGAGAGUCUGACUUGAAGGGCUUUGAGAUCUUGAAGAAUAUCACUGUGGUCUCAGAGCAGUUCACGAUCGAAAAUGACCUCUUGACCCCUACCUUCAAGUUGAAGAGACACACCGCCAAGGAAAAGUACAACGCAGAAAUCGAUCGCAUGUACUCUGAGACCGAGUGA